UGAGUUGCAGUGCUUUGUUUGCACUGACGUAGCGAAAAAUUAUGUAAAUCAGGGAAAGGACUCGUCGGCUGCUUAGGUUUAAGCUGUAAAUACAAUGGGUCACAUAAAUUGUGGUACUAUUUCACGCUUUUUAUCAACAUUAUUCGUAGUAUUAUCUUGUAUUUGUCGGUUCUCGCUCGGUACCGAACUGAGUUUUGUUACAUGCGGGUCUGUUAUAAAACUAUUGAAUGUAAAGCACAAUGUGAGACUACACUCUCACGACGUUCGCUACGGCUCAGGUAGCGGGCAGCAGUCUGUCACCGGGGUCACUGCGGUUGAGGACAGUAACAGCUACUGGAGUAUUCGUGGGACCAGAGACGCCAUGUGUCAUCGGGGUACACCUGUAAAGUGUGGGCAAGCUAUACGUCUCACGCACGUCAACACAGGACGCAACCUGCACAGCCACUACUUCUCUUCCCCGCUGUCCUCUAACCAGGAGGUGAGUGCAUUCGGGGAGGAAGGAGAAGGGGACCACCUCGAUGAGUGGACGGUUCACUGUUCAGGAUCUGUGUGGAAGCGCGAGGAGGCCAUCCGCCUCCGUCACAAAGCCACCGACGUUCUGCUGUCGGUCACGGGGGAGCAGUAUGGCCGGCCCAUCCACGGUCAGAUGGAGGUCCACGGCAUGUCGAGCCCCAGUCAGCACAGCCUGUGGAAGGCCAUGGAGGGAAUCUUCAUGAAGCCCAGCGAAAUGCCAGCAGGCGGCCAAGACUACAGUCACACUCACACAGAGUUUUGAUCCUUUCCUCCUCCUGUCUCUUUUUGGUUUCUCCUCUGCCCAGUUAUGUGUGAUUAAGUCCAUCACAAACAGCCAGCGGUCCACCUCAAACUUGAAAGUCAGCCACUUUCCUGUUGGAAAGUGCUUAAACUACAGCAUAAAAUGCCUUAAAAUACCCAAGGAGUCAUAUUUAAAUCUUUUUUAUGACUGUUUAAUGACCUUUAAUCUCCUUUUUUAGGCUUCUUUUAUUGUAAAUGUAGAAGGGAGGGCUUGUUUACACAUCAGGAAAUUCACCAGGGAAGUCAUUUUGUACAAAGAGACAUUAAAAUGUGACAUUUGUGCCUUCUUAGAUAAAAUGAAAAAGCAAAGCUUUUAAACAUCUCAACAAAUAUUACAUUUUAAAGUUAUGUUAUUUGUAAGCAGUAUUCUAUAAAAACGUGUCAACAGUGUUUCUAAAGAAAAAGGAUAUUUUUGUUCUUUUUUUCUGUCAGUUUCAGUGUUGUAUAAAAUUAUUCUGCAUUAGCUGACUUGAAAACAAGCGGUUUUAUGUGUGAACACAUAACUGAGAUGGAUGUUUUUUGUCAAUAUAGGAUGAGUUUUUGAAGUGCUUUGAGAGGUCACAAUCAGACAGUUUCUGCAUACAGAUGUGUUGUAAUUGUUAACAUAAACACCCAACUGACGGUGAAUACCUCACAUUAAAGCAUUUUUAUGUCCAUCGUUA